GGUGCGGCCCUCGGGGACCCGGUGGCCCGUCACCUGGGGACGGUGCCGGCCAUGGGUAACACACCGGAGAUCUACCUCCCGAUCCGCAGAGCGCGUUUGGAAGCGUAAUCAUGGAUUCCCUGCCCCCUAGAUAGUCUGGAUAGAAUAAGCAGAGGAUUUUGGUGCUUGGGAAUCUCAAACUCCUUCAGUUAACCAGCACCUGAACGCGUGGGAGGGAUUCACUGUGUCAGCUGAGCCGACGAGGCACCAUAAAUUCCGCAGCAUGGAGACUUUAUUCACUAGCUCUCAGAGUGAGCUGGGAUUCACUCAAUCUUCCCACCAGCAAGUUCAAGCUGUGGAGAAACCAUUUCCCUGUCCCGAUUGUGGGAAGGUAUUCACUCAAGCAAACAACCUGAAGAGACACCAACGGCAAGUUCACACUGAGGAGAAAGCAAUUCCCUGUCCAGAUUGUUGGAAGGUAUUCUCUCAAGCCUGCAACCUGAAGAGACACCAACGGCAAGCUCACGAUGAAGAGAAACUACUUCCCUGUCCCGAUUGUGGGAAGGGAUUCUCUCAGGCUGGCAACCUGAAGAGACACCAGAGAAUUCACUCGGGUGAGAAGCCAUUCUCCUGUUCUGUUUGUGGGAAGGGAUUUGCUGCUUCAUCUGGGCUACAGACACACCAGCGGAUUCACACAGGUGAGAAGCCAUUCACCUGUUCUGUUUGUGGGAAGGGAUUUACUGCUUCAUCUGGACUACAGACACACUAUCAAAUUCACACUGGGGAGAGGCCGUUCACGUGUUCUGAGUGUGGGCAGCGAUUUAUGCAGUCAUCUCACCUAAAGACACACCAGCGGAUUCACACUGGAGAGAGGCCGUUCAUUUGUUCUGAGUGUGGAAAGGGAUUUAUUGACGUAUCUGGGAUACAGAGACACCAGCAGAUGCACAGCGGGGAGAGGCCGUUCAUCUGCUCUGAGUGUGGGAAAGGAUUUAUACAUACAUCUCACCUACACUCACACCAGCGGAUUCACACUGGGGAGAAGCCGUACAUUUGUUCUGUGUGUGGGAAGGGAUUCAUUUAUUCAUCUGAAUUGUUGAGACACCAGCGAAUUCACACAGGGGAGAGGCCAUUCGCCUGCUCCGAGUGUGGGAAGAAAUUCAUUCAGUCUUCCCAGCUGAAGAUCCACCAGCGAGUUCACGCUCCGAGGAAACUAUUUGCCUCUCCCAACUGUGGGCAGGUCAACACUGAUGAUCUGGUGACCAACCAGCAAAUUCACACUGAGUAGAGGCCGUUCACCUGUUCUGUGUGUGGGAACGGUUUCACUCAGUCUUCCAACCCAGUGACCUAUGAGUGAGUUCACACUGGGGGAUUAACCAUCGCAGUUGCUGAAUCCGUUUGCUGUUGAACUAAGCGCUGUUCAUAGUUGCUGAAUCUGGUUGCAAGUCCACAAGUGUCUGCUGGUGUUGGAGUCUGCGGUAUCUGCUGCUACUCAUCAC